UUUGCAAAACAAACAACGUAAUAGUUUACGUAGUCGGUCGAAAUUAGCCGCUUUUAGUAGCAUUCACGUCUUAAGAUGGGGAGUCAUAAUAGUUCUUUGAGAAAUUACAAUAGUACAGAUGUUAUUGUUGAUAUCGAGGACUUUGCUGACGAAUUUAGAAUUCCCGUGGAGGCGGUGGGAAGAGAUUGUAGGAUCUGUAUGAUGAGUCUAGAUUCGGAGUCUGCGGGAAGUGUUUUUGAAUUAGGGUGUUCUUGUAAGGAUGAUUUGGCUGCGGUCCAUGAGCAGUGUGCUGAAACGUGGUUCAUAAAAAAAGGCAAUAACGUCUGCGAAAUCUGCCAUUCAAUCGCACAAAAUGUGGCCGUCCCAUGGGUGCAGCAUUUUUCUGAUCAAGACGACACUUCUUCAAUAGAUGAAGUAUCAAUACCCGUAUUUGAAGUCGAUACUUCUGCAACAAAUGAAUUUUUACAGCCAGCAUCUUCGAGAUUUAAUGCAGUUUUACAGCCUGUACUAUUUUCGACGAAUGCAAUUUUAGUUCCGACAUACACAAUUUUAGAGCCAGCAUUUUCGACAGAUGAAGUAUCAGUGCCUGUAUAUGAAGCUGAUCUUUCUCCACCAAAUGCAAUUUUAGUUCCGGUUUCUUCGACAAAUUAUACAGAUGCAGUGCCGGUAUCUUCUACAAAUGCAGCUGGGGUGGCAGUUUCUAAUUCACGAACCCAAUAUUGCAUAGAUUGUGUAGAUUCUUUUUGUGAAAAACUCGUCUGCUUUCUGAUCACUUUGGUUAUCGUUAUGGAGAUUCUUCAACGACUCUAUAAUUGAUACAUAGGAACAUGUCUUUGGUCUAGGGUCUUGGGGCUGCAGACGGUAUCACUAUUGAACUAGCUACUUUUACAGUUCCAUGGAAUGCUAUGUAUCUGUUUGCUUGAAUUCUUUUUCUAAUCAGGUAAAAUAAAAAUGUUCGUAUUUUUGUUGUGGUUUUAUAAUCUGAUACUAAAGACUCAGCUGGUCAUUUAAGGUGUUGUUGAAAAUGUUGUGCUGAAUUAUAACAUAAAAUAAUAGAUGGGAAGUUUGCUUUCCUGAAUUACCAAGUAAAGUGGCUUCCAACUACUUUGCAUUGGAUAUCUUAGAUGGGAAGUUUACAGAUUACGCGUAUUGAUUUAGAGUGCGGUUUUGGCUCCAAUUUGUUCAUCAUGGAUGUUGAUGACGAUGAUGAUGAGAGAAGUACAUGUACUUCAGAAGCCGAGGAGGGUUCUUGUCAUACACAGUUCUACUCAAAUUCUGGUGGUUCAAUUGAUGGUCUCAAUUCUGAUUUGAAAUUGAUGAAGUUUUGGAUACUAGAAGAGCGUCAUCUGUUGGAUCAGAUUGUUCCAUUGACAUCAUGUUACGUGACCACUUCUGGCUUAGUAGGAUCAUAUCAUAUUCUAAUAUGGUUCUUGAUUUUUCUAAAUCCUAAACAUGAUCUGUUUUUUCUUGUUACACUUG